UGUUUGCAAUUUUUAAAUUAAAUUUGCAGAUAAAUUGUGUUAGGAAAAAAAUUGUAUUAUUAAAAAUUAUCAUAAUAAAUUCAAAUGAGAAAAACAAAAGAUGUAGCAGAAAUAAAUUCAUUUCAAUAUUUAAACUCACUGACUUGUGAAUAUUUAUAAAAACUUAAGGUGUUAUUUGAAAUUCAUGAGGAUUAACUAAAAAUAUUUAAAGAAGAGAUAGAUUAAAAUUUAAUUUCAUAAAAUAUAAAGUAGAAAUUUCAUUAAUACUGUUUAAAUGAUUGGAAACAGCUAAAAGAGCACAUUAAUAAAAGAAAUUCUUUUAAAUAAUCAAUUUAUUUUAAUUACGUAGAGUAAAAAAAUAAAAAUUUAAAUUCUAAGGAGGUUUGUCAAUUUGUUGAAAGGUUUUAGAUAAGCAUGAAAAAUAGUUUAAAUUAUAUUUUAUAAAUUUAAAAUUUUAUUUAAGAAAACGAAUAAAGAGAAUAGUAAAUAAGCUUAAAAUAGGAUUUAAUUGACUUUAAAAACUCAAAUAAAAAUAUUGAAAUCUCAUUUGAUAAUUUUGUACACUCAGUUACAAAACAAAAACAGGACUCUCUAUUCAAUCUUGAUAUAACUCCUAUAAAAUAUUAAAGUUAAAGAAAGAGCUAAGGAGAGAGCUUAAAAAAAAAUUUAAAUAUUUUUUAUUCUAAAUACCUUAAUUUAAAUCAUUCACUUUCACCAAAAUAGUUUGAACAAAAGAAUAAUGAGAUGAAAUUUCAAAACAUAUUUGAAAGUAUUUCAGAGUUUUGUAGUUAUCUGCCAAUUUAAAAAAUUAACUGUUAAAACCAAGAAGAUUCUGAUAAAAGUAGAGAAAUGAAAAAAAGCUAAAAAUAGAAAAAAGAACUAACUUAAAAUCAAUAUUAGAUAUAAAAACUAUAAGAUGAUAUUCCAAAGUUUGUUUUUUCAUCUGAAUUUUUGUAAUCUGCAACGAAAUUAAAUAAAGCUUCUUAAAUAAAUUUAUCUAACGAAGAACCAAAAGCAAACUCAAACAACGAUAAUGAAACCAAUAUAGCAAGGUUAAAAGAUUUACAAAAUGCAUAAUAUAGUUCCAACGAUUUGUAUCUAAAACUAAAUAAUGAUUAAUAUAGAAUUGAAAUUAAGAUAAGUAAUAGUAUUUAAAUUAAUGAAUGCAAUUUAAAGAAAUUUAUAAGCGAAAUAAAUUAAAAACUUAGUCUUAUAAAGGAAUGAAGUCUUUAAAGCAAUUAUUUUCUUUUGAUAAAUUAGAUUUCUGAUCUUUAUGUUUACAAUAUUAUUUAUAUUUAUUUAAGUGGUGUGAUGACUCUUGAAUCCAAAUUUUUUAUUUUUUAGUUUCUAUGAAUGCAUGAUAAAUUAUUCAAAUUUUUUUUUACAAUUCGCAAGAAAAAUUUAAUAAUGUUAUUUUGUCAUAUUUUUUUGUUAGUUUACAUUUACUAAAAAAUGAGAAGUG